AGGAGCGUAGGCAUCUGGUGGGCGGGGCUAUACGUGAACCGGAAGUAUGACGUAGGAAUUGUUUUGGAAGAACGCAGCAGCGACACAGGAGACAGGAAAAUGGAGCAAAGCGUUGAGGAUUACAAGCUGAUAUUUGAGAAGGAGGGGGUGUACCUCCACACAAAUGCCAAGAGGAGUAACCAGGACACUACCAUCCCAGGGUUUAUCCGCAUUGUGGAGCGGGCUGGGGUGCCGGCAUUAGAGUGGAGUCCACUGGAGGAUGCGGGUCGCCACGCUCCCGCUGUACUCUACAGCAGAAAGGACGGUGAAGGAGGCGAGGAGGACACGAACUUUGACCCUGGGUAUGAGCCGGACUGGGCAGUAAUCAGCACAGUGAAGAAGGAGAGAGAACAUGUCCCAGUCGGAGAAUCAGGUCAGUGGGCGUUCUCUCUGCCUCUCUCAGAGCUGUACUCUGUCCGAAAGGCCAGAUUCUCCCUGGGUCGAAACUUUCUGGUGUUCACAAGCAGAGGUGGCCACCCAUUGCCUGCGUUGCACUUCCACAGAGGAGGAACCAGGGAACUACUGAGGACAAUGCAACGUUACAUUAUCCUGGACCAGUCACCAGUCGACGGGCGGCUCUUCCUCGCCUACCCCCACGACCCAGGUGCUCUGUCUCAGUCAUUCGACAGACUUAAUCUGUUUGAUGACGGAGGCUCGGAUCUCGUCACGAGGUUUAUCCAUGACCCUUACGCCACAACAUUCGGUGGAUUCUCCAAAGUCACAAAUUUCUUUAGGGCAGCACUUCGGCCUCCAGACUUCCCCGUCAACUCGCGUUCUUCUCACGAUCCUCGCUUGCCCCCCCAGCCUGAUGAAGAGCCCGGAUUUGAACUCAUCAACUGUGGCGUGGAGCUUGGUCCUAGACCAGACGUAACCAGGGGACAACCUCUGGAAAAGUGGGAGGAGUUUCUGGACUCUGAGGGCCGUGUGAAGAACCCAGAGAGGGUCAAAGAAAUCGUGUUCAGAGGGGGUGUCACGCCAUCACUAAGGAAGGAGGUAUGGAAGUUCCUCCUGGGUUUCUAUCCGUGGAACAGCACUGCCAAGGAAAGGGAGGACAUUCUUCGGGUUAAAACGGAUGAGUACUUCAGAAUGAAGGUGCAGUGGAAGUCUGUCAGCGAAGAGCAGGAGAUGAGAAACUCCUUCCUCAGAGGCUACAGAAGCCUGAUAGAGAGAGACGUCAGCAGGACAGACAGACACAACACGUUCUUCUCUGGAAACGACAACCCAGGGCUGACUCUGCUCCACGACGUGCUGAUGACUUACUGCAUGUACAACUUUGAUCUCGGUUAUGUCCAGGGGAUGAGUGACCUCCUGUCUCCCAUCCUGUUCGUCACACAGAACGAGGUGGAGUCCUUCUGGUGUCUGACAGGCUUCAUGGAGCUGGUGCACCAGAACUUUGAAGAGUCUCAGGAGGCCAUGAAACAGCAGCUCCUUCAGCUCAGUAUCCUGCUGAAGGCUCUGGACCCGGAGCUGUGUGACUUCCUGGACUCUCAGGACAGCGGCUCUCUUUGCUUUUGUUUCCGCUGGCUGCUCAUCUGGUUCAAGAGAGAGUUUUCCUUUGAGGACAUCCUCAUUUUGUGGGAGGUCCUCUGGACUCGACUUCCAUGUGACAACUUCCACCUGCUGAUCGCCUGCUCCAUCCUCCAGUCGCAGCGAGGAGAACUGAUCGGCUCAGACCACGACUUCAACACCAUUCUGAAGCACAUUAACGAGCUGACCAUGAGGCUGGACCUGCUGAGUGUUCUGCGUGGAGCUGAGGCAAUCUUCCUGCAGCUGGUCCAGUGCAAGGAGCUUCCUCUGAAGGUGCUGCAGGUUCUUGGUCUCUACGCCCCAUCCAGCUUAGAGGAGGAGAGCCCAGACUCUCAAGCCAGCGAGACGCAGCGCCUCCUCAGCCCAUCGCAGGCCGGAGCUGCGUCUUCUAAUUCAGCGCAGGGCCCCACCUACCCUUGAGUCUGUAGGUCAACUGGUGGACUGACACUCACUAAAAAGUAAAAGAUAUUUAUAUAUAUGAAGUAUAUCCAAUGAGAAGGAAUGAAGACUGUUUGGUGAAGACUGUUGUUGCUGUUUGUCAGCGGUAGGGGGCACCAUUGAGGCGUCUUUCCUGUCUGUGAAUGUUCCAGGAUGUUUAAACCCUUGCGUUUUUUACUGCUUGUUUACAUGCCCUUUGCCAUUCUCCUACUGAUGCUGCCAAUUAUUAUAUAACUAUAUCCCUCUGUUUCAGCCCUGCAUACCUUCAGUGCAUUUUAUCUUUUCUAAUACUGUCCUCUCACCAGUUAUCCUGAAAAGGGAAGAAGUGAAGAAUAAACUGGCAGCCUCUUGUUAGUACUUUAAGAUGCCAUUCCAUCCCUAUGCAAAGGUUUUGCAUGCCUUAUAGCUUAAUAAUCUGUAUCAUGUCAUAGCAUUUUCUUCUGCUGAUUGUCACCAAAAUAAAUGGUUGAAUCUUAA